UUUAAAAAUAGAAUUAAUUCCAAUGUGUAGUCCAUCAUGUACAGUGUUUUAUAUCUGAUUGUGAUCUGUCUUGUUUUGCUGCAGGCCAAGGAAUUACCAACACUGAAAGACAAUGAUUUCCUAAAUGAAGGGCAGAGAAUUCAAAUUGGAGAUGAAAACAAAAAGAUGUUUUUGGACAAACUCAAGCGUGAUGUUGAGUUUUUAGCACAGCUGAAGAUCAUGGAUUACAGUUUAUUAGUUGGCAUCCAUGAUGUGGAUCGUGCUGAGCAAGAAGAAAUGGAGGUGGAGGAGAAAGGUGAUGAAGAAGAUUGUGAAAAUGAUGGAAUGGGUCAUCCAGUUGGCUCGUAUGGAACUCCACCAGACAGUCCUGGAAACAUGCUGAAUUUCCCACGAAUUUUUGGACCAGGAGAGUUUGAUCCAACUGUUGAUGUAUAUGCUAUAAAGAGCCAUGACAUAAUACUGGCUGAUUUUCCAGAUGCGCCAAGGAAAGAAGUUUUCUUUAUGGCAAUAAUCGACAUUUUAACUCACUAUGAUGCAAAGAAGAAAGCUGCCCAUGCUGCCAAAACAGUCAAACAUGGAGCUGGUGCUGAGAUCUCCACCGUUAACCCCGAACAGUACUCAAAGCGUUUCUUGGAAUUUAUGUCUAACAUCAUAACAUAGUGCCCCUGUAGACAACACAUGACACGCACAAAGAGACUACCAAUGUGUAGCGAAUGCAGGAACAUGAAAACUGAGGACACUGUAGUGGUGCGUGCAGUAUUCAAUGUGCAGAGACUAAUCUCCAAAAUUGCAUCCUUUGGAAAUAAAACAAAAACACAACAAAAAAAGAUACUUGCUGGCAAACCUGCAUUGCCUGAAAUGUUGCAUUGCUCUUGAAGUUUUCCCUGCCAUGUAUUAUGAGUGUGUCUUUACUGGCGGCAGCUUCAGUGGCACUCCAUUAGCCAUGGUGAGACAUAUUGUAUAAAUCUUAAAACCAGAAGGUGGGCACUUGAACGCAGUGAAGGACGAUGGGCACUUUAACAAUGGCAAGAAUCACUUUUUUUUUUAAAAACAGUUCAUAUAUUGUCCUAAUGGAGCAAAGGCACGGUAUUAUUUGCGUGUAUCUUUGUGAUGCUGCACUCGUCCCAACCCUGGUUUCGUCGUUGCCAGGCCUUUGCCAUGCUGUUUCUCAAAUGUUUUAAGUUGCCAUAUUGUCUAAUCGCAAAAAAAAGGACUUCAGCAACUUUAUCAAUAAAUCAACGCAACUAUAUAUAAGCUAUUGUUCGUUAAGGGUGGGCGGGUAAGGGAGGGAGGGAGGGGGCAAUGUUUACUCAAGUGAAAAUUUACAAUAGGAUGCCACAUAUCCAGAUCGAGUCUGCAUCUGAUUAUGCAGUGUGUGGAACAGCCAUCAAUCCAUCAGAUGUGAUUUGGGUAAAUCAUUUGGCUUUGCGGCAUUCCUAAUGUUUUCUAAAAGUUUACUUUUAUUUGUUACUCAGCAGGAGGGCUCGCGUUUACUUCGAUGUGAGCUACUUGGCUUUAUAAAAGAGUACAGUCUGUAAUUGUGCUUUAAGCUAAUUAUUUGGACAAUGUGGCAUUUUGUCUGCUAGGUCAAUAGACAUGAGUAAAAAAGUGAUUUUUUUUAAAAUAGCUAACUCCUUUGUAAGGGACUUUUUAAAAGACAACUUCUCUCAACAAAGUAUUGCUAUUUGCUGUUGAAUCUUGUUACAAAGAGGUAGCUGUGACAAUAAUGUUACUUGGUAGUGCUUUUGUAAAACUACCCGAUUGUCAAUUUUUGAAUCCUUAACAAGCCUGAAAUAUUACGAAAAUGCUGUAGCAAUAUUGUGCUGUUUUAAAAGAACAUUCUGGGUAUAUGAAAACAUAUGAUUAAAGUAGGCAAGCAUCAAAUUUGAA